AUGUCUCAUGCAAUUACUCAACAAAAAAAGUACCUGUCAAAAAUACGUGGUCCAUCAUGCUCUCGUAAGCUCAAACUCAAUAACGAUAAUAAUCUUUUAACAAAUAACCCUCAAAAGUUACGUUCUCCUUAUACUACGAAAAAAGAUCGAAAUAAUUGUAAUCAUUGUAAAGAAACUGGUGAUAGUAUGAAAUUACUGACAGAAAGAUUAACGAGAAUCGAAAAAUUGAUUGGUGAUUUGUCCAAACUUGUUCAAGAUAUUAAUCCAUCCAUUAUUAAUAAGGCGGCUCUUAGAUCUAUUACGUUACCGGGCCACAUACUCCAUAAUGUAGAUUUAUCAACCUGUAAACUUGAUGACCUUCAAAAAAUCGUAACUUUCGCUACAAAUACUAUGAAUUUUUCGCAUAAAACAUUUCACUCUGAACCAGAACAAGAUCUUCAACUUUUUCCUAAAGAUUCAAUUGAUCCCAAGUAUUUAAUGAAUAAAAAUGCAGUAUCAAAGAUUGCAUUAUGUAAGAAACAGGAAAGACAGGAUUCUGGUUAUUUGAGCGUUGAAGAAGAUUUUAAACCUGUGAUCUAUAAGGAAGGUGAACCUUGGUUGUGA